AUGGAGCGCGCGGUUCGCGAAGCGCACAGACGCGGGGGCGUAGAGCGCGCGACGUCGUCCGACCGCGGUGCCUCGCCGAGCGCCGCGCGCGCGGUGACGCCGGCGACGUUCUUCGCCCCGCUCAUCGCGCGCGGCGGAUGGCGCUUCGUCGGACACGGUGCGCGAGCGCAGACGUACGGCGCGAUGACGCUGGUGCCGCCGGGACACGAGAAACGGUUGAGAGGGAGUAAUGCGCCGUGCAUGACGCCGGGAGAGGAGUGGGAGGACGCGGACGACGAGGAGACGAGACGCGCGCUCAAGGCGUGCGGACUGCUCGUGGCGAAGAACGCCGCGCUGAUGGAUAAACCGAAAGCCGGACGGUCGAAACCUGCGCGCGUUGGGUUGCGAGACUACAUCGCGCAAAAUUUGAAGUGCAUGAUAAGCGCGAUGGUGGCGAUGCGGGUGAGCGCGACGGUGUAUAGACAUAAACGUUGGACGUUUGAGUGCUUCCGAGAGGUGUACCGAAAGCGCAUGGAGUUGCGCAGGCGUCUCGAAAACUCACGGGUCAGUGCGCUGGGGAAGGAGUCUCAGCGUUCGCUGACCACGCUUUUGCGUGCUUUCGACACGAUGAUGGAGCAAAUGUGUGAUCCUCGCGGGAACAUUCGCGCGGCGUUUUACGACGGGAUGGUGGCGUGUCCGUGGGACGUCGACUACGAAUGGCAACAGAAUGCAGCAUUUCACGAAGACUUGUACAGCGUGCCGUACGCGACGAAUGACGACCGCGAUAUGACACACUCAUACGAAGUGCCAGAUUUACCGGAGGCCUCACAUAAGCGCGUGUUCGAAGGACAAGAUUCGAUGUCGCAAGAUUCGCGCGCGUCCACGGGCACGGACGACGCCGGGGUGAUUGGCGGCAAGCGCAAGCAAGCCGAUUAUGCCGACGGUGUCACGGUGCGUCGGUGCCGAAUCAAGCCUAGCAUGGAUGAGAUUCCAUCCAUCGUGGCGUUAGAAAUGGCCGCGGAGAUUGACGUCGUUGCCGCCGCGACGGCACACUUCUUCGCCACGUGCGACUUAUGCACCGAUGGGCCAACCUUCCAUGAGUAUUUGACGCUGGUGACGUCAGCGUACGAUUUUGCGUUCGCGACGGAAAUGCAACUGUCAUUAGAGAACACGGUGAUUCCUCAGAUGCGCGAGAAGCAGUUUCCAGAUGACGCCACUUUCCACUACACGCUUCUCGCGCAGUGCUACUCCUCGUCUUCUCAAGCGACGCAGUUACUCAAGCUACUCAGCAGCGAUCCGAAUCCGUUAUUACACAUCUCGUUGAUGCAACGAAUUGAAGGCGUAUUCAUCACGUCCAGAGAUGGACCCGACGAUAAAGCAGACGCGAGGUUUGAUCGUCUGAUGCGGGACUACGCUGAAAGAGUGGCGUCGGCUCAUCACAAACGACCGUGCUCCGUCAAUGGCUCGCAUAUGCAGUUGCACUAUCCUCCGCCGAUUCGCACGUGGAUCGAAACGUGCAAAUUAUCGAAUAGCCAACUUUACUCGCCCGCUGUGCCGAGUUUCGAGGCGCUAAUCGAACUGCGUAGCUCAUCGCCAAAUGGUUGGGUGGAAAUCUCGCGCGAAGGCACGGGCUAUUGGACGGCCGUGAUGACGAAGUGUGGCAUACCCGCGCAGGCGGUGAACGUGCGCCUGGAUAUCAAGCGAUACGGCCCAGAGGACGCGCGCGAACCUCCUCCUCCUCUUCCGCCGAGCUCAAGGCCGUUCGUGGGCAUUCAUUAUGACUUACCUGACGUGUGCUCGGAAUUUGGCAACUUUGGCUUGCUCCUCAACUGCAUGCCUCGAGACGAAGAUUUAGCAAUUGAGUGUCUGAGAAAUUACACUGGAAGCACAAUCGCGUUAGUGGGCGAGUGGGUCGGCUCGACCGCUGGUUCGCGCUUCGUGCGUCGACUCGCAAAAAGGUUUGAGUUCGCGACCACCACAGUCUUGCCAUGGAUCGGCGAUUCCGCGCACGAGCUCAGUAUUUGGAAACGCCGAGCGGAAAAGUUGACGAAGCAGAAGCGUCGCGACGACGCGCUUUCUCGACGCGACGUGUUCCCCGCGGUGAAGAAAUGCCAAGUCGCCGGCUGUCAAUCGAAGUCGCGCACUAUGUUCUGCUGUCGUCUCUGUCGCAGCGCCUUCGUGUGCUCCGAGCAUCUGCACGCCUUGCAUGAUGAGUACGAUCUCGCGCACGCCACCGAGCACUGCGUACGGCUCCUGCCGACGCUCGAUAGAUUGCGAGGAUACGAAGUCGAACUGGCGCACGGUGAAGGCAAGAAGCAAAUGCGAAGCGAAACCAUCAUGGCGUUUAAUCCAUUCAUCGCGGGUGUCGACUGCUGGAUGGUGGACUAUCGCAAAAGUUCAAAUGACGUGUACGAAGACGUGCAAAUAAGCGUGCCCCGAAUCGAACGCGUGGAAAACUGGGAAUGA